CCCCAUCUCAGUGCUCCGGAUUCAGUUGAACCGGUGAAAAGGAAGUACUUCUCAUUGAAUAGUAUCUCGUGGGGAAUACUAUCGUCGAGUGAUUUUAAAUAAUGUCUAUUGUUCCACUAAUGUUUCGCGACUGGUGGGAGGAGUUCGAUCGUCCAGCAUCGAGACUGAUCGAUCAGCACUUCGGUAGUGGCCUCAGUCGUGACGAUUUACUAACGAGUUUCUCAUCACUGGGACUCGGCAGAUCGCGACCGUUAUUCAGUACCCCAGGAUACUACAGGCCAUGGAGAACACUGGCGAGACAAAAUUCCGGCGGUGCGAGCACCAUUCAGUGCGACAAAGACAAAUUUGAGGUGAUACUCGAUGUGCAGCAAUUUUCGCCGGAUGAGAUUCGGGUGAAGACUGUCGAUGACAAUGUUAUCGUCGAGGCCAAGCACGAAGAGAAGAAGGAUGAGCACGGGUUUAUUAGCCGUCACUUUGUCAGACGUUAUUUGCUGCCUGCGACGCACGACCCACUGGGAGUCACCUCGAGCCUCUCCUCCGAUGGGGUGCUCACGAUUACGGCGACGAGAAAGAAUAUCACCCCAGCGGGUACCGAGAGAAUCGUCAACAUCGUCAAGACUGGAACCCCAGCGGCUAAACCAGAGGAGCCUAAGCAGCACGUAAUUACAACCGAGGAAGAGAAAUAAUUUCUUCUGAAUAUUCAAUAUUCUGUGUGGAACUCCCCCAUUUGUAUGACAAAUAUUUCUCACGUUUUUUAGACCUAAAAAUGUACAAAUACCCUCGACACUGAAUAAAAAUUGAAUAUUAAUUAGUAA